ACAUCUCAAACCGGAAGCUGUUGAAUGAACGGUGCGCGGGAAACGUUUCGGUUCAGUCAGGAUUCCCAUUACUUUCAGAAAGCUACUCUCAGCCGAGAGUCAGUCUUUUACUAUAUUGUUUGUCUGGGCUGCCCGUUGAUAUGUGUGAAAAGAACAAGAAGGUGAGCAAGUGGCUCAGCACAGUCUUUGGAGAUCAAACUAUUCCAGAAUAUGAAGUUAACACACGGACUGUCGACAUACUGUACCAGCUUGCAGAAGCAAGUGAAGUUCGAUGCAAUGAGACUUCCCUGCUUAUUGAGGAUCAGAAACAGAAAACUUCUGAGUAUCAGGCUGAUGGUGUUCAUCUCCAGAAUGUUGUUUUACAAGGAGUGGGCUUAUCCUCUGGAAGCUUGUCAAAACCUGCAUCAGACUACCUGUCAGCAUUGGUGGCAAACGCUAAGGUACUUGGUGUCCGAGACACCUCUCUGAGCAGCUUUGUGCCAGCAGUGAAUAACUUGACCAAUGAGCUUCUGGAAUCUGAAAAGACGGAUAGGAGACUUGAUAGGGAGCUUAAUGCCCUCAGAACUAAACUUGGGUCCGUUCUUGUUCUACGGAAAACCUUCCAAGAGGACAUCAAGAAAACAAUGAAAGCUCAAGAGGUGGAGAGUGCCAAAGCAGAAGAAAGACUGCUGAAUAUGGACUUUGUCAAAGCAAAAUCCAAAGACCUCUCAUACCGAAACAAGAAGGCAGAGGACCAGCUAACAUCCAGACACAUGGAGAAUCGAAUCUCCCACCAAGCUCUGAUGGAGCUAUGUGAGCAAGUCUACACGUUGAAACAAGAAAUUCUACCUUUGUCAAAGAAACUCGAACCCUACAGAGAUUUGAGCCCAAGUCCAUCUCUUGCUCAAGUGAAAAUUGAAGAGGCAAAGCGAGAAUUGGCUGCAGUUGAUGCUGAACUGGAGAUGAAGGUGGACUUCAUGAAUUCCUCCUUGCCUAAAGGGCGGCCUUUAAAAUGACACAUGAAUUUGGGGGAUUGUAAUUGUAGAAAGUGUAUGUAAUGAUAAUAAAUGUCAAUGAAAAUCGUAAUGUUUUUCAUCCAACUUGU